GAGGUACAUACAACUGAUGCACUUAGGCUUUGAAAUUCGGAGAGAAGGCAUCGUAUUAAUAUUUAAUCCAAGACGAAACGACGCACCAAUCACCACUUUUCGACAGCAUCGCUCGAUGUUGCGCACCUCAUCCGACGCAACAAACGCUCACUGCGAUUCCGACCUGACUUGAACAAACCGACAAACACUGCUUUCUGCGUUGCAGAGCAGAGAGAAUGAUCGCGUGGUCUUCAUACUUUCAACUUCCCAUCACGAUAGGUCCCAAUGGAUGAUAGGAAAAACGCCGUCCAGCCUACCCGGGCCAAGGCUCGCCGGGUUCCCGCGGACGGCAUCAUUGGACGCUUAACGUAUACCCCAGCCCAAGGCGACGAGUGCAUCGGCCAGAUAGGGAGAAACCUGGCAAAGGAUGAGACCUCUCACUUUAAACAAAUAACGCCAUUCACGCAAUGGUGUGCUCCCGCGAAGGCUCCAACCUCGCCACUCGGUGACUUGGGCCCUGCCCAGGUUGCGAGAUCGCAAAAGUACUGGUUGUCCGAACAUCUCCCCGAGGCUGCCGUGAAUGAUGAGGCCAUCGAGUCCCUCCUUCUGGAGGAGAUCGCCUCGUCCCAAACGAACGCAGAACCUGCACUAGACGAGAGAACACCACUGUUCUCCGUUGGAGAAGUGGCCGACUUGCGACAGGGCGACUCGGCAAAAAGCCACCCGGUGUUAGCCGUUGCUUCCGGCGUCUCUGGAAAUAUCCUACGCCUGAUCAGUCUCGCCCGUGAGGAAUGGACCUGGACCGCGGCGGAUAUCAAAGUGCCCCUUCAUGUUGCCGACACCAAGCUCGAGGGGGAGUGGCGCCAGGACGGCGGCCCAAUCUCCUUGGUCAAGUUUGCCCUCGACCCAAGGAGAUACGACCCUAUCAGAUGGCUACUCGUCUCCAAUGGUACAUCGACCACCGUGUAUGAGCCCGAGCUCCGGAUGAUACCCAUGCCGGUUGUCAGGGCCUCGAUACGGCCCUCCGGGCAACCCGUCGGUAGCCAAAUCUUUGCCGAUCCGCUCUUCACCAUAUCCUGUGAGCGCACCGGCGGGAGCUUGCAGGCGGAUGUCUGCUUCGUUCGGCAUCCUGAAGAGGACACACCUCGGAUAGCCACCAUUGACCAGGCUGGAUACUGGAGUCUAUGGGAGAUCACAGGUCGCCGGAACAGGCCGAAGAAUCUAACACCAGUCAUGAGGAUGUGCGGGAAUAUCGUAUCGGGAUUCAUCCCGAAGCUGCCUUCGAACUCCAUGGCGGAGCCGCAACCACACAAGCUCUUGUGGUUGUCCUUUGGGCAAAAAUAUCGCAGGCCGCCCAGACGCUCGGUGAGCCGCGCGAGAAGCCCGCCCGAACAAUCCCGCACCGAGCCCGAACCACAGCCCCCGCGACGACUCCUCUUGCUAUGCGGCCCCCAAAACUUGCAUCUAUUCGACCUCGGUACCCGAAAGAUGCAUCCCGUCUCCCACUUAGUGUUGCAAAAGGACAGGCAUCGCAUCCUCGACGUAGCCCCCUCACGACUAGACCCUGCACAAGCAUUCAUUCUCACCACCGUCAACCUUCUCUGGGUGACGGUGAAAGAGGGCAAAAACGACACAUUAACCCUCGACGUCCUCAUAUCUUGUCCGCACCAGAAGGACGUCAGCGAUCCAACCCUCCGCCUGGACGUCUCGCCUGGCGCCUACAUCAAUGAUUUCAUGGCCUGCUUCGCCUGUGUCCGCUCCACCAAGAACACCGAGAUGACCGUGUUCUGGUUCAUCAACCCGGAACCGGGCACGCCCGUCCGGUACCACCGCGACCUCGUCUCGCUCCAGAGCCCGUCCAACUUUGUCGGCCUGGGCAUCCUCCCCGCCGGCCGCCGGAUGGGCAGCGACGAGCCCACGUCGGAGGCGGGCCGCGCGAUGCGGAGGGCGCGGCUGCGCUUCUUUCAGCUUUUGACCCUCGGCCAGAACCUGGAUGUGCACAGCGCGCUGUGUGCUUGGUCCAGCGAGGCGGCGCUGUCUCUUUUGCCGCCCGAUACGAAGGAGACGCUUGAGACGGGCGGCAAUAGGCGGCUUAGACUGUUGCAGGAUUUGACGGAUGCGUUUGCGGUGCCGGACGAGUUUGAUGAGCGUGCCGUGUUUGGCAAAAAGGGGGUCGAGUCUUUGGCGCUGGAGAAGUUGAAGGCAGGUAUCCAGCUGCGUGUCGAUUUCAGGCUCCUUGCCCAGCGGUUGUCUGCCGUAGAGCCGGCCACUAUGGGUCGCGAUGGGAUGUCGUCUCAGAUAGGCGGGGUGGACUUUGGGUUUAUCGGGGACGCGAUGGAGCGGGGAAAGGAAGACGACUAUGUGCCUCGACAUUCAUUGCUGGAUCUGGCAGUAUCCCGAGGGGCAGGUGUCGACCUCAUUCACUUGGCCCGCGAAUGGGAUGCUCAGCAGGAAGCGUUGCACCGACACGCCGGCGAGUGGCUUUUCGUGCCAGAGGCACGUCGUCCGCUCAUCGAUUUCGGACCCGACGACCUCGUCGAUAAAUUACGAGACCUGUUUCUCGGACCCAACGGGGAAGAAGGCCCUCGCCGUCAAAACCGGGAGGAAGUUUUGCAGAACAUGGCAGCCGAGAUGUUCCUUAGCAACAUCGGCGUCUCGGCGCUACCUCGAUCUUGGACAGCCACCGAGAGCCAACUCUCGAGCUCUUUACCCUUCCCCAGCUCACCUUCUAUUAUGCCCUCCCAGCCGCCACUUCCGAGCUUCGUCAAGGGAAAGGGGAAAGAAAAAGUCAAAGCCGAACUAUCAGAGGAAGAAGGUGACGCCGUGGUUCUCCGCCUGCGCAAGUACGCCACGCUGGACACCUCCCCAACCACGCACGGCGAGCCCGUCCUCGCCCUCUCGCGCUGGGACCUGGGCGCCGACCCUGACGACAUCACCUGGAAACCCGGGCAGGACCUUGAAGCUAAGGAUGCCCUCAAUCGCCGGCGGCGCAAGAUGGAGGCGCGCCGGCGAAAGGCGGAGCGGCUGUCGCAGCGCAUCUUUGGCGACGAUUCCAUGAUGCUGGAUUCGUCCUCGCAGUCCUUGGGCGGCUUGUCUUCGCAGCCGUUUCCAACGAUUCUUUCGACGGGGCCGAGCGGCAGUAGCCAGCGCCAGAGUCAGAGUCACAGUCAGAGUCAGGCCCAGAUCCAGCAGACUCCAGGACGGGCGUGGGAUUUCUCGUCACAGCAGCAGCAGCAGCAGACGGGGGCGUUCGGGUCGCCGAGGGUGUUUGCUGGCUCACCCCUGAGGAAGGAGUAUCGGCGGGAUUCGGGAAUGGCGAGAGGGGGGAUCUUCUCGUCGCAGCUGGCACAGCCGGAGCAGGGCGGCCCGUCGCAGGGCACGCCGUCGCAGCCCAGGUCGCAGGUGCUACCGGGCUUGUUUGGGGCGCGGCCGUCGUUUUCGCCGUUUAAGAGGAGCCCGUUGAAGAAGAUGAAGAGGAAGAGUGAGUUAAGGUUGAGUGGGUUUCGGUAGGGUGGUUGUGGGUGGUGGUUGAGAAGGAGAGUGGGACCAGAUAUGUACAUCUGUAGGAGAUGAGGUGUGCUAGCUCUCCUUUAAGGAAGCAAUCUAUAAUAUAUAAUCCUUUUGAAGCGGCCUUUGCUUAUCCUGUGAAACUACUAUCAAAUUCUCCGGCGCAAUAUGUGGUACGUCGACUCUGGGUUGCAUGGCUUUUCGC